GCUGUGCGAGUGACGUGUGCCCGCGGAGCGGGCGGCGGGAAGCGGCCAUGGCUGAUUGUUUAUCAGAAAUCACUAACGGAGCUGGUGAUGUCAGUGCCAAGGAAGAACUCUUGGAUGAGUGUGAAAGUAUUUGGAGGCAGAUGGAAGAGUGUCAGAGCAAGCUGAUGCUUCUAGGAACAGAGACACUGCAACAAUCAGAUGCCAAGCUUUCCUUGUUAAUGAUGCAAUUGAAAGCUUUAACAGCAGAUCAUCGUCAGUGGGAAGCAAGAAAUCCUGAAAUAAUUUCUACCAAUCCACAUGUACUGUUAGAAUUAGGAAAAGAAGAGUUGCAGAAAGUAAAAAAUGAUCUUGAAAUGUUGCUGUCAACAGUUCGGUCAAAGAAUAAACAACUGGACAAAGAUCUGAAAAGAGAGCAGCAGUGGUGUGAGGAACAGGAGCAGCUGCUAGAUGCUCUUAAGAAAGUUGAGGAAAAGACAAAAACUCAAGUUGAACAACUUUCCACAAAAAGUUUGAAAGGUAAAGGAUUUGAUGAACUGGAAAAUAAAAUGUUGAAAUUGAAGACCUAUAAGAACGAACUCUUGAGUGCUUUGGGUGAAUUCCUGGAUGAACAUUUUCCUCCUCCAGAGAGAGGUGAAAAUASUAAAAAAAAGAACUCUUCUGCACAGCCAGCUGUAAAACUGAUAACAUUGCAAGAAAUUUUGGAGAUGCUGAUGAACAAAUUACUUACCACACCACAUGAACCUUACAUAACAAUCAAUGAGUCAUUUUGGCCACCUUAUAUUGAGCUGCUGCUGCGAACUGGAAUGGCCCUGAGACAUCAAGAAGAUCCAAACAGAAUACGCCUUGAAGCUUUUCACAAGUAGUGUGACCUACACGUGUACUUGAAAACAAACCAACACGAGUGCUCUUAAUUCAGGGCUAGGACAUACUUAGGUUUCAUAAUAAGCUUUCUUAGUAUCAGCCGUCAUGAUUAUUGGAUGAUUUUCUUUAUCUUCAUGCUAUUUUAUGCACUUCAAUAAAAAUGUGGGGGAAAAAAAGAAGAUUCUAUUUUACCUGCUUACAGUUGGCCUUCAGUUUUAUAUCAAAAUUUGCUUAGUAUAAGAUUUUUUAAACGUCUUUUAUAAGAAGUUUUAAUAAUGUAAUAGACAGAGAUGUUUAACAAUUCUUUUUAAAUUAAAAAUCAUACUUUAUACAUUACCUGUGUAGUUUAGAUUCUUUAGAUUGCUUGAAGUCUUCUCAAUUUCCUGUAAUAUUUUCUUGUACUCUGUGAAGUCAAAAUUUUGAAUAACACCACUCCUGCAUGUAGCCUUGCAGACAUUUGGAACUAACAGAGAGAUAUGUUCUCGAAGAUGUGUUAUGCCUUGUUUGUUUUUCAGAGCCUUUGCAAACAAAUUUAUUGGCUUCAAGAUAAACACUUAGGAAUGUUGACACAUCUUUCUGUGCAAAGUGCAGCAGAUGUUGAGUCUGUGCCUUUCACUGCACACUUACCAAAUGACCUGUAUUGUGUUAGGCUAUAUUGUGCAACAGUAUCUGUCUUCACUUUUUCACAUGUAGUUUAUCAAGGUGCGUAAUGGGUUUCUGUUCUGUUGAUCUCUACAGCUUCUAAAUUUUGUUAGUUGAGAGUUACCUUCUUACUCAAUGCUGGUGUUCUUUGUAAUCCCAAUCCUUUCUGUAGCCAUUUUAUUGUACUGAGUGCAAAAGUUCUACUCUUGUGUAUUUGUAGUGACUAAAACUUUGGAAAAUAAAGUUGAUUUUUUUAUUAA